AUGCAUCAUCUUAUUCUGAUAUCAACCGCUGUAUUAGGCUGUUUGCCUUUGGUGCUGUCGUCCUCGGCAGGCCAUGCUGCGCUGCCUACCGUCAAUAUCCACAAUGGAACUCUAGUCGGAACCCGAAUUUAUUCAUCUUACCAAGAGUCGUUUCUAGGAAUUCCUUACGCUCAACCACCAGUCGGCCAACUUCGAUUUGCACGUCCAGAACCGCUUGAAUCUCGGUGGCCGUCUCCGAGAAAUGCGACCGACUAUGGGCCGUUUUGUCUCGGCAACGCUUUUCGUCUCGUCGGCUGCAGUCAGGAGUCCAACAGCUAUCACCAAAACGAAGACUGUCUCACUAUUAAUGUAGUGCGGCCUAUUACUGCGCCCGCUUCAAAACACCAGCCAUCAUCAUCGGCGAAGGGUCCUCUACCAGUCCUAGUCUGGCUUUACGGAGGCGGCUUCCAAGAGGGCGGCAGUGGAGAUGCUCGCUACGACAUGUCAAAUCUUGUUAAGAAAUCUUUCGAAAUCGGACGUCCUAUUAUUGGGGUGAGCUUCAAUUACCGUGUCGGCGUCUUUGGCUUCGCCUCCGGAAGACCGUUUAAAGAAGCAGGGACCGCGAACCUUGGUAUUCACGACCAGCGUUUGGCCCUACGAUGGAUUCAAGAAAACAUCAAGGCAUUUGGCGGUGAUCCAACUCGCGUCACUAUCGCAGGCGAAUCAGCGGGUGCCGGUUCUGUUGGGUUGCAUCUCAUUGCAAACAAUGGCCGCAAUGACAGGUUAUUUAACGGUGCGAUCGCCCAGAGUGGUGGACCUCUGAAUUACAUCCCUCAGAUGUCCGAGGUGGUUCAGGACGCACAGUUGGACGCCCUUAUUAAAGAAGUGGAUUGUCUGAAUUCGACAGACAGUAUCUCCUGUCUGCGACAGAUUCCGGCUGAAGCUCUGAAGCAGGCGUCUAUGGGAGUCCUUUGGAACCCUGUUACUGACCAGGAUUUGUUCUUGGACCUGCCCUCGGUUGCGCUUGCGAAAGGAGCAUUUGUACCUGUCCCCCUCCUGAUAGGGUCGAAUACCAACGAAGGCACGCCUUUCAUGCCCCUCUUUUCAAAUAUUAGCGCGAGCGAGCCCAGGGACUUUUCCGCUACACUCCGAUCAUAUUUCGGACCUACCAAAGAGUUGAACGAGACGAUUCAACGACUCGACGAGUUCUAUUCCGCGGCCAUGGAGGAUGACAUCGAGUCGGCACUCGGCACUGUUCUUGCCAACCCGAAACAUCCUUACGGACCCCUCUAUGGCAAGAUCUCCACGCUUCUAGGUGACCUACUUUUCACGGCUGGUCGACGCAUCACGGCCGAAGCGUGGGCUGCCAAAGGGUUGCCUGCUUACAGCUACCGCUUUGACACCGUGCCCGCUGGCGUUGACCCGGAGACCCUGGGUGCUGCUCACUUCCAGGAAGUCGCUUUCGUGUUUGGAAACACAGAAGGCAACGGUUACGACAUCAACCCAUUCAGCAUAACCGAUCCGCGAAUUCGUGCUAAGUAUUUGGAUAUGAGUGAGCUGAUGAGUCGGAUGUGGAUCAGUUUCACAGACUCAGGAACACCAAACAACCAUCGAGGUUUGUAUUAGGCAUCGAUCGUUCUGAUUACACAUUUGCUGAAAAUUUCUUAGUUCGACAUUUUAAAGUUCAAUGGCCGGAAUACGAGAAGCAGAAUCCAAGAAAUAUAGUUUUCAAUGCAACAGCAGGUGCAAAAUUGGAGGCGGAUGACUACAGAAGAGAAGCUAUAGACUACAUUCGCAACACAGCAGCCUCUUUUAACAGAAAACUUUAGAUUCUAUCCAUCAGAACGAGCUGUUUUAGUUAAAUGGAAAAGUCGGAUUUUAUUAAUACAGUAAUAUCCGAUCUCAAAU